UCUGAAGCCCUGAUGCAACAGAUCAGGAACUCAGAGGCCCUGAUGGUGCAGGCAGUGCAGGGGGGAACAACCUCAGUCUCACAGCAGUUGGAUAUAAAACCCAGUCAGCUACAGCUCACAUCUGGGAAAGUGAGUUGUCUGGAUUUUGGUGUUCACAUCAAGGUGUUGUGUACACAUUAAAGUGUUGUGUGCCCAUAUUUAGGUUUUGUGUACACAUUUAGGUGUUGUAUGCCCACAUUUAAUUCUUCUGAGCUCUACUUUAAACACUUAUAAACUGGAAGCAGUGUAUUAUUUUAUAUUUUAAGGAACCUUUCUGUUAAAAUAUAUAUAAUUUUAAAUUUUGAUUAUCUUUCAUAUAGAUGAGAGAUUUCUCUCUGAGUUUUCCAAUUGCUAAAAUGCUUUUGCAUCCACCAUUUAAAUCCUCUUAUAAAUUUGAACAUACAGGUUUACGUUUUGUAAAAUCUCUGCUAAUGAGUCUGGUCUGUUUCUAAACCUCUGAGGAGGAGACUGUUUUUGUAUGUCUGGUUUGAUUGUGAAGAGACUCUAUCAAAUCUGGAACAAAUGUAAAAUUUACCAUUUUAUCUUCAGGGGCUGACGCCUCACAGAUUGUCUGAUGCUUUACUCAGCCAACAGUCGGGUCGAGUGCACGUCUCCUCUGGCGUGACCGAUUCUCUCAUCGGCCAGUCACAGGACAGUUAUCUCCCUCAAGGGGCGGUCCAUGUGUCGGAUGCCAUGAUUGGCCAGGACAGGCUGAUGAGUACCAGCAUGUCUGAUGCCUUGUUGGGUCGCCAAAUGUCUUUCACGGAAGGAGUAAUGGGGACAUCAGGGGAGCAUACUCUCAUUCAAGGGAUACAGUUACAUGUGAGUUGGUGCAGACAAUCUUCAGUAAAAAUGCAGUGCUAGAUCUCUAAUGAAAGAUUUCAAAGUUCCCAAGCUGCUAAACAAUUACAAUACCUUCCCCAGAUCAUGGGAAGUAACCAUAAUUGAAGUCACAGAUGGUUUUAUUGUGGAGUUUGCCAAAUGAAAAAGUUUAAAUAAAAAUAUUAAGGAUCUUAAGGAAUUUUCAUUGUUUAUUUGUGUCUUAGAUGACGUUUAAUAAUUUUACAACACUGCAUCUAUUCCCCUUAUGAUUGUCUCUUACAGCAAUAAUUUUGUUACAAAUAUAGCAGUUCCCUGGUCACUAUGUUUUUAUAAGAUAAGAUGGCGUCUCAAAAAAUAGGUGAAAACUUAUGUUCUACAUUAUUAAUGAGUUGUAAUAAAAGAUUUCAACUGGUCAACAUCAUUAAAAUCUUUGAACAAUUAAGUUUCUGUUACAAGUUCUAGAUUUUUCUGAAUAAAGAAGGUGUAAUUUUUUAAUUUGAAUAUUAGCAUGGCCAUAAUCAAAGCAGGUUUUCAACAACUUGCUGAUGGGACUGAUUCUUAUAGCUAAAAAUAAAAAGGCUUAAACAAAAUUGUUACUAUGCUGUAAAGGAAAGUGGGGUUGGGGGGGGGGGGUGUAAAAUUUAACAUUUAAUUGAAGUACAGGAAAAUACAAAAUAUCAAAAUGUUUUCUUCACUUCUAAUUUAUUGAUACAAUUUACAUACAACAUUUGGCUGAGAAUCCACCAUUUAUUUUGUCUGUCUUUGCUCACAGGCUGGCUCCAUGUCUGACGGUGUCCACCAGAAUGUCAUAGUUCAUGCCAUGACCCCAUUGCAAGGUCACCAACAAGGAAAGUCACAUGGUCUCAACCUGGCCAACCCCACCACCUUUGUUACCAGUGAUGGUCAGGUGAGGACAUGGCAGUUUUUUUUUACAUCUGAUCAGGAUUCCUAGAUUUGUUUUCAAAAACAGUGAUUCCUUUUAUGUAGUGGUCAGUUUAUGACCAGUGGUUAGAGGAUGGCCAGUAAAUUCUGUAAGAGGAUGGCCAGUAAAUUCUGAAAGAGGAUGACCAUGUUUUAAAUGACAAUGAAUUCUGUAAUGCGGGGGCUAGAGGAUGGCCAUUGGUUGGAGGAUGGCUAUUGGUUAGGGCAGUGGUUCUCAACCUGUGGGUCGCAACCUCUUUUUGGGUCGAAGGACCCUUUCACAGGGGUUGCCUAAGACCAUCAGAAAACACACAUACUCUACAGUUAUGAAGUAGCAACGAAAAUAAUUUUAUUUUUGGGGGUCACCACAAUAUGAGGAACUGUACUUUAGGGUCGGGGUAUUAAGAAAGUUGAGAAACACUGGGUUAGAGGAUGGCCAGUGGUUAGUAGGUGGCCAGUGGUUAGUAGGUGGCCAGUGGUUAGGAGAUGGCCAGACAAUAAACAAUUUAAAUAAGAUAUAAGAUUUCAUACAUAUUGGCCUUUAACAAACAUUUAUAUAUAUAUGGCUGCACACCUCAUUUCAUAGUGGCAGUUAAUGUAGAUCUUUAUAUACUUUAUGAUGCUAGUAUGCCAUCAAAUGUCUGUUUCUCCUCUAGAGGGUGACAGUCCAAGCAGUCAAUGUUCAUGGCCAAGGACCUUCUCAAGAACUCAGUCUGGUGGAUGAAGAGGACCAAAAAUAUACUCUGCCUGGUGAUGAUACUCGAAUGGUUAACAUAACACAUUUGGUAAGUCCAGCUCGUGGAAGAUUCAUUUGUAAUUCUGUUAUCUAACUACACUGAUGAGAUAUUUUUUGGUAUAAGGAAAAUGAAGCUAUUUCCAACUAGGUACCAGCACUACUCUCACAUAUAUUGCAGCAGUACUCUCACAUAUAUUGCAGCUCUACUCUCACAUAUAUUGCAGCUCUACUCUCACAUAAAUUGCAGCUCUACUCUCACAUAUAUUGCAGCUCUACUCUCACAUAUAUUGCAGCUCUACUCUCACAUAUAUUGCAGCUCUACUCUCACAUAUAUUGCAGCUCUACUCUCACAUAAAUUGCUGCUCUACUCUCACAUAUAUUGCAGCUCUACUCUCACAUAAAUUGCAGCUCUACUCUCACAUAUAUUGCAGCUCUACUCCGUGUUUGAUAUUUUUAAAAUGUUGAUGGGUGAGGGCUACACUCUAUUAGUGUUAUGGAGUCUUCAACUUUGGUGCAUUUGUGAUCACUACUGAUUCCAUGCAUGGAACACAUUUCUUAUUUCCUAUUGAUAAUUCUUGAUUUGUAAUACUCAUGAUGAUCCGGGCGCGGAUCCAUCUGGUAUUGUCUCAAAAUACCCGGACAAAACCAUUGGACCCGCUCAGCCAUACCUAAUACCUAUAUACAGGCUAAUUUCUAUUUAAAGUUGUAAAAAAAAUGUUUAAAAUUUUUCGUCUAUAGUUCAUGAUAGAGAAUUUCUUGUGUACAGGAGCAGAACCCCAGCAUGGGUCACCAUAGUAACUCACUUGAUGGCGAUGAGGAUGAGGAUGAUGACGAUGACAAUGAAGAUGUUGACACACAAAAUUUGUUACCUAUAGCUGAGAUGGAGAGGCAGCAGGAGGGAACAGAUCGGCAGCAUAUAUGUACGGUAAGUUACUGUAAAACAGCAUACUCAUGUAAGUUAAUAUAUAACAGUGUAUAUAUAUUUAUUUUAUUUUUUUCUGGCAUCCGUCCAUCACAAUGUGGCAGUGGUGUGGAGAUUGCAGGACAAAAUCCACAAGGCCUGGGAUUAAUCUUCGGGGAUUAUAAGCUGGUUUCCAAAAGCAAAUCGCCUCUCUCCACGCCGCUGGAUAACCCAAGGGAACAUCAUAUGGAUGAUACCGCUUGGCACUAGAGUUGUCGGAAUGUUUCAUUGUACCAAUUGUAUCCGCCUACGGGACUCCAUCUCCAGGUUUUGAAUUCAGAGUUUCCUUCUCUAAGAUGAGUUGCCAUCCGAGGUUAACGGGUCUCAUCCACCCGGGGUGCUGGUGAUGUUUUUUGCAGAGUAUUAUAUAUGGUAGUGUAUAAUAAUGUAAAGGUGUGGUAAGUUUCUGCUGUAUAACAACGUAUGCGUUCUGUACAUUCCUGUAGCACGGCAUAUAUGACUGUAUAUUACAGUGUAAAAUACUUUGCUAUGUUAGAACAGUGGCCAGGCUCAUUGUUUGGUCAGCAGUUGCAGAGUUUUCAAUUGGAUGAACACCCUUGAGAUGUUUUUAUGUUGGAAACGUGAAGACACUGGCAUUGAAUAGAAACAAUAAUUGGAGAGACUUGUUUGUUAAAGUAAAAGACACUGGCAUUAAAUAGAAAACAUUAUUGGAGACACUUGUUUGUUAAAGUAAAAGAAACAAUUUUACUGAAUUUAUUCAGCCUCAAAAAUGUGUGGGUAAAUUAUGUUUUCAAAAUGAACUUGUUUUUUUGUUAGAUUUGUCUGAAGGGCUUCAAGAGAGCAGCUCACCUCAAAGAACACAUGCACACACACGGGCCCGGGCCCGUCCCCAAGAAACCCAAGGCCACGCCACACAAGUGUGCCGUCUGUGACAAAGCUUUCCAGAAGCCCAGCCAGGUGGAGAGACACAUGCGCAUCCACACAGGUGAGUCCCAUCAGAUCUGCUCAAUCUAAGUUAAAAAAUUAGAUAAAACCUAUUCCAGAAGUAAUGGGAAAAAUUUAUACAACCUUUUCACUAUAGCUUUAUGGUUAAGAGUACCCUUAGAAGUAAUGGAACAAAAGUUGACAACCUGUUCACUAUACCUUUAAGGUUAAGAGUACCCUUAGAAGUAAUGGAACAAAAGUUGACAACCUGUUCACUAUACCUUUAAGGUUAAGAGUACAAUUAGAAGUAAUGGAACAAAAGUAUACAACCUGUUCACUAUACCUUUAAGGUUAAGAGUACCCUUAGAAGUAUUGAACAAAAGUUGACAACCUGUUCACUAUACCUUUAAGGUUAAGAGUACCCUUAGAAGUAAUGGAACAAAAGUUGACAACCUGUUCACUAUACCUUUAAGGUUAAGAGUACCCUUAGAAGUAAUGGAGCAAAAGUUGACAACCAGUUCACUAUACCUUUAUGGUUAAGAGUACCCUUAGAAGUAAUGGAACAAAAGUUGGCAACCUGUUCACUAUACCUUUAUGGUUAAGAGUACCCUUAGAAGUAAUGGAACAAAAGUUGACAACCUGUUCACUAUACCUUUAAGGUUAAGAGUACCCUUAGAAGUAAUGGAACAAAAGUUGACAACCUGUUCACUAUACCUUUAAGGUUAAGAGUACAAUUAGAAGUAAUGGAACAAAAGUAUACAACCUGUUCACUAUACCUUUAUGGUUAAGAGUACCCUUAGAAGUAUUGAACAAAAGUUGACAACCUGUUCACUAUACCUUUAUGGUUAAGAGUACCCUUAGAAGUAAUGGAACAAAAGUUGGCAACCUGUUCACUAUACCUUUAUGGUUAAGAGUACCCUUAGAAGUAAUGGAACAAAAGUUGACAACCUGUUCACUAUACCUUUAAGGUUAAGAGUACCCUUAGAAGUAAUGGAACAAAAGUUGACAACCUGUUCACUAUACCUUUAAGGUUAAGAGUACCCUUAGAAGUAUUGAACAAAAGUUGACAACCAGUUCACUAUACCUUUAAGGUUAAGAGUACCCUUAGAAGUAUUGAACAAAAGUUGACAACCAGUUCACUAUACCUUUAUGGUUAAGAGUACCCUUAGAAGUAAUGGAACAAAAGUUGACAACCAGUUCACUAUACCUUUAUGGUUAAGAGUACCCUUAGAAGUAAUGGAACAAAAGUAUACAACCUGUUCACUAUACCUUUAUGGUUAAGAGUACCCUUAUAAGUAAUGGAACAAAAGUUGACAACUUGUUCCAUACAGCUGUAUGGUAAAGAGUAGCCAAAACUUUAUUUCAUAUCUUCGGAAGUAGAAAUAAUACUUCUCCAAAAACAUUAUUAACAUGGAAAGGGAGAUAAUAUUAAUAAAUUUUUUGGUUCCAUUUUUCCAAUUUAUAAAAAAAAAAUUAGUCAUCUACAGAGAGAUGAGUUAUGAAGAAGUUUAAAAAUAGGGUUGGUUGCUAUCAACCACUGGGGGUGUGUGUCAGGGGUAAAAUUAUGUGGUAAACUUAUCAGUCCAUGCUGUGUUAUAGCCUAAAGUAAGAGGGGACAAUUCCACGAAUAUUAUACAAAUAAAGCAUGAGGUGCUCAUAUCUAAUGUCACUAAAAUUAUUGUUCCUAUUUUCAGGUGAAAGGCCCUACCGAUGUAAUAUUUGUGGCAAAGCUUUCAACCAGAAAAACGCCCUGCAGGUUCACCUCAGGAAACACAGCGGUGAGAAGCCUCACGUCUGCCCCUAUUGCAGCUCCUCCUUCGUCCAGAGUGGGAACCUCAAGACCCACAUCAAGAGGGCCCACCACACGGACAUGGUCAGCUCCAUGAACAUAUCCCGGGCGUCCGUCGAGUCUGCCCAAGGGGGUCAGGAGGUCAGGGGUCACGUGCUGUCAUCAGAUCAGGAGGUCAGAGGCCACGUGCUGUCCUCGGAGCUGGAGGAGGCUCACGCCGGUAUAAGUGGAGGGGAGGUCAAUGUGGGGAGUGAGGUCGGCAUGGAGGAGAUGGACCUCGGGGAAGACGUUGAUAUGUUUGUUCAGAUAUGAUUGACCUAUGGGAAGAUGUUGCUGUUUGUUCAGAUAUAAUUGACCUAUGAACCUCGAGGAGGCUGGUGAUUAGUAGGUCCCAUAAUAGUUGACCAAUGGGAGUCUUUCAAAUAUGUUCAGGCUUAAACUUCUGAUAGUGAAUGAUAUAGAGAUCUAGGCUAUGAUAUUUCCUUUAAACUCCAUAACUUGCUCUUGGUGGUACUGAACAUAAGUAUAACUACCAACAUAAGAGUGUCUGUUGCAACACUAAGGAUGCCUAGCAACACUAAAGAUGCCUAGCAACACUAAAGAUGCCUAGCAACAUGAGUCUCUGUAGCAACACUAAGGAUGCCUAGGAACAUGGAUGUCUAUAGCAACACUAAGGAUGC